AUGGAUGUUCAACAGCUUUUCGCGAAUCUUAAGAAAGAAGCUGAAUGCCCACUGUGUUUGGAUACAGUGAACAAUCCCAAGACUUUGCCAUGUAUUCACUCAUUCUGCCUCCAGUGCCUUGACAAACACGCAAUUUUUGCAAGAAGACAACUACAAGCGACGAUCAAAUGUCCGGUUUGUCAGACAUCAUUUCAAAUUCCUGAAGGAGACUCGUUCAACAACUUUCCCACAUCUUAUCAUCUCAACCGGCUAGUAGAUGUUCUCGCUCUAAAAGAUGGCGGCGCACAGGCCCAGAAAUGCAGCAGUUGUGAUGAGAACAACACUGCUUCCUCUUACUGUUUCGUCUGCCAAAUAUUCCUCUGCACUGUUUGUUUUGAAGCUCAUCAGCGACUGAAGACCACAAGAGGUCAUCGCAAUGUUGUGAUAGAGAAAUUGCAAGUGCAAGAUGUGGAAGAUUUGAUCCACAGACCCGUCAUGUGUUCGCAGCAAUAUCACGAAAAUCAACCGCUGGAAUUUUAUUGCGAAGAAUGCAAAGUUCUUAUUUGCCAGAAAUGCUGUAUAGUAAGCCAUAAUCGACACACGAUAACAGACACUCAGAAAGCCGCACGAUUACAGAAAAUGCAAAUGAAGGACGCUGUAGAGAAAGUGAAAGCGGAAACUGUUAUUUACGAGAACAAAAUAAAGAAACAAACCGAGCUAACGGACAAAACUAAAAAUGAAAUUUUGUCAGCGGAAAAGAAGAUGACAGAUACAGUGGAGGAACGUAUCCGUGAAUUACGGGAACAUGAGAGGGUCAUGAAAGCCAAAUUUGCUGAAAUCUAUGAAGCGCAACAAAAACAUCACGCAACGCAAAUAGAAAAGUUUGAGUUCAUUCUCACUCAACUAAAAAGUUGCCUUGAACGAAGUGAAAGUGCUCUGGAAAGAAACGUCAUUGCCGAGAUUCUUCAAACAAAUCAGAUCAUUGUUGGACGCUGUGAAGAACUUUUGAAUGUAACAAAACCUGACAUUUAUAUACCACCACACGUGCAUUACAUAGUCGAAAAUCAACUGAAUCCGGGUUUGGAUCGAAUUGUGGUUAGUAAUAUAGAUCCCUUACUUUCCUUAGCGGAAGUGGACAGUCAAGAACUUGUAAGAGAAAAAACGGUGGCAAAUUUCAUCAUUUUAACUAGAGAUUCAGGUGGAAAGCAGUGUUACCAUGAAGAUGAUCAAGUAAAAGUCAACAUUAUAACUCCAGCAGAUGAUCAACUGGAAACAGAGAUAAAAGACAACAAAUACGGCAAGUACACUGUAACAUACAUACCACAGUGUGUUGGACAACAUAGAGUAGGGAUCCAAGUUAAUGGACAGCCGCUGACUGGUAGUCCCUGGCUUGUACAGGUGAUCAGUUCGCAUCAGUAUCAAUUUGCAUUUCAGUUUGGAUCAAAAGGAAAAGAGCAAGGACAGUUUAAGAAGCCUUGGGGUAUUUCUGUAGGCGAUAAGAGGAGAACACUUGCUGUUACUGAUUAUGAAAAUAAGAGAAUUCAGAUGUUUAGCUUUGACGGAAAUUUCCUCAGAGAGAUUGCACCAGAUAUUGUUUCUACUUCGGUAGCUUUUACCGAGUCUGGUGACCUCCUUGUCCGUAGCCCUGGUGACUUCAAUAAAUUAUCUUUGUAUACUGAAGAUGGUCGGUUCAUCCGAUACAUCAGCGAUGAACAUGCAAAGAUACCGUGGUACAUAUCUAUUGGGAGUGAGGGUCGCAUAAUCACAUGUGACUGGGACGACAAAGCAAUUAAAGUUCUCAGCCCUGAUGGGAAAAAUUUACUUCAGUCGUUCAGUGCUCCUGGUUGUGAUGAGAGACCAUGGUGUGUUCUUUAUCACCAGAAGAAAUUCUUUGUCUCUUACUGUCACGCUGUCCGUGUCAUGGUAUUUAACAACGCAGGGGAGUAUCUUUAUGAUAUUGGCAGCGAGCGAUCUGGUAACGGGCAGUUAAGGUGUCCUACUGGUCUCGCUAUUGACAAGUUUAACCGUUUGAUCGUUUGUGAUGCGGGGAGCAGGAGACUGAAACUAUUCACACUAGAAGGAAAAUAUGUCGCUAAGGUAGCCGGGAGUUUUUUUGACCAUAAUAGUCAUCUUGUUGGUUGUGCCGUGUCUAAUACUGGACAUUUGUUUGUUACGGAUAAAAACAAACACUGUAUUUAUGUUUUCAACUAG